AUGUCCUUUUCAACUCAGAACAGCACCGUGGGUACAUUAGCCAGAUGGAAUCCACGAACAGGUCAAACCAGUCACCCAAGCAGCAUCGACAGCAAUGAAGAAGUCUACGUUGGACGUGACAGCAAGCGAUGCCAAUAUGUCAUCGACGAUCCCUUCAUAUCGAACAAGCACCUACGCAUAUACACCAUCCUCUUCGAUCGCGAAAACCCAAGCGAAGUGGCUCCUCUAGUGUACGUUCAAGAUCUAUCGAUGAAUGGCACAACGUGGAACAAUUACCGGAUGGGGGAAGGAAGUGGUAGUUUUCUGCUGAGCCAUGGGGAUAAGUUGAAGUUGACACCGGAUAUUCACCUCAUCUUUCUGUCUGAGGAGUAUAAGGAGGAUAAGGGCUUUGAUAUGUUGCAGAAAGUUGAGAUGAAGGUCUUCCAGGAUCAGUACGUUAUCACACCGCGCAAACUAGGUUCCGGGGCGUAUGGACGAGUCCAUAUGGCAUACAUCAAGAAUAAUGGUCAGCAGCUUGCGUGUAAAGUCGUCGACCUUCGGGCCAUGAGGGAGAGAGCCACAAAGGAAAUCGAAGAACAAAAAUUGAAGUUCUUCAGGAAUAAGUGGCAGGCGUCGAUGGUCAAGAGCGAUGGCGGUGAGCGUGCAGAUGUCAUUGCCGUUCGUGGACUAGAGAAUUAUCUUUCGAAGAAAGUUCAGGAAAAGCUGGACAUCUAUCACCGCGAGGCUAAAGUGUUGGAGAACUUGAGCCAUCCCAACAUCAUCAGCGUGGAGAAGGUGAUAAAGUCCAGCAAUACUAUUUAUCUCUUCCAAGACCUCAUCACGGCAGGCGACUUGUUCUCCUUCAUCCAGUAUAAAGGCGGAAAGCUAAGUGACAUCGAGUCUGCGGUGGUAGUCAGACAAGUCCUCAUGGCACUGGACUACCUCCAUGACCGAGAUAUCGUGCAUCGAGAUCUCAAACCGGACAAUAUCCUCAUGACAUCUCUCGCAGACGGGGGUCGAGUGGUUCUCACGGAUUUCGGUUGUGCCAGACUCGUGAAGCCUAUGGUUGAGCGAAUGUCGACGAUGAUUGGCACAUUUGAAUACAGCGCUCCGGAAGUCCUCCAAUCCAACCAAAAGGGCUAUACGAAAGCCGUGGAUCUCUGGUCCCUGGGUUGCGUCACGGCUAUACUCCUUACAGGCGACUCUCCCUUCCGAGACCCACGAAACUUGAAUGAUCCUGCACAACCGCCGCAAGACGGCGACUUCGAGAGACUCAAACAAGACAUGGAGUGGCACCAUGUCGGAACGCGUGCGAGAGACUUUGUCCGGCAACUCCUUGUACUCGACGAGACGAAGCGGAUGAGCGUGAAGCACGCGCUACGACAUUCAUGGUUUACAAACAGAGCUCAUAAGCGCGAAUUUGAAGCUUUGUACAGACGAUCGAUUAGAGACUGGAAACCUCGAGCGCAUCAAGGUCCGUUGAUUGUCGAUUUGUGCAGCCUUAUUGAGAUUCGCAAGACUCGCGAGUUGUACCAUGCUAAUGCGGUCGAUGCUUGCGUGGAGAGGAGGGGCCAACUAUUCCAUCGGCCGCCUUCAUUCUCUGAGAACCCAUCACAAGACUCCUUGUCUACCGAAAGCGCGACGGCUCUUGAACGCCCGCUUUCUCCUACUCUGUCGGACCCGGAUCUCCCAACACACAAAAGGACCAGAAAUGAAAGUUUUGAAUUGGGCGACUUAUCGUAUUACUAUCAGAAGCAACAGCCAGACAUGGAAUUUAGUGCGCAAAGCAUCAUUCCCAAACUACCUGUAGUCUCAACCACAGGCAAGAACAGAAGAAACGCCCGGCGCCCCUUUACAGGUGAUACCCACACGAUUCCCAUAAAGAAGCGAGUUCAAGACCCGUGGGAGGUGCCUGAAGAUGAAGUGUACGAAGAAGUUAGCAAUGCAAUGACUGGUAAGCGUCAGCAGGUCGCUUAUGGAUCGACUGUCGUCGCAAGAGCUGCGCAGUGGACCUAA